AUGGCGCUCCUGACUGUCACUAUGACAUGGAAGACCUGGAAGGAACAAUGUCAAGAAAAAGGCCACAGCAGUCCUGAGCUUUACCCAAGUGACGACAGCACUCCUGAGCUCUACCCAAGAGGCCAUAGCAGUCCUGAACUCUACCCAAAAGGCCACAGCACUCCUGACCGCUACCCAAGAGGCCAUAGCAUUCCUGAGCUCAACCCAAGAGGCCACAGCACCCCUGAUCUCUACCCAAGAGGCCAUAGCAGUCCUGAAGGCCAUAGCAGUCCUGAGCUCAACCCAAGAGGCCACAGCACCCCUGAUCUCUACCCAAGAGGCCAUAGCAGUCCUGAGCUCAACCCAAAAGGCCACAGCACUCCUGACCUCUACCCAAUAGGCCAUAGCAGUCCUGAGCUCAACCCAAGAGACCAUAGCAGGCACAUCAUCACUGAGAGCUGUACAUCGAGGCACGUCAGCCCUGAGAUACGUCCAUUAAGGUAUGCCAGCAGUGAGAUCCACACAUCAAGCAACACCAGCACUGAGAUAGGUAGACCAAGUCGUGCCAGCUCUGAGAUCCAUAGACCAAGCCACACUGCACCUUCUCUAGUCCCAUCAAAGCAUUCCGAGCCACACCAGACAUCUAAUUUGCAAACAU